AUGAAGUGUACAUCAUCAUCAUCAUCUCCAUUGUCUCCAUCCUCACUGAAAAGAAAGCCUUCCGAUUGUUUAGAUCAAGAACAGGAUAGUAAUAUUAUGGAUCCUCCUUCAAAAAAGCAAAAUAUUACAUCAAAAGCAAAUAAUUUCUCACAUCAACAUGGUAUUCCAUUGUCUUGUUUUAUAGAUGAACAAAUUGAGGAAAAUUUGAACAAGUAUGAAGAGGAAUUAAAGAAUGGAGUAUCUCUCAACUUGUUCAAAUGUGUUAACAAGAUGAAAGUGUCGGAAAAUGGAAUUUAUGUCCAAUAUCCUGGAGAAGCUAAUGUUUACAAGACAUUCUAUGGAUUUCUUAGUCUGGUUGAUAUGUUGCGAGUGGCAGAAUUGAAUUCAAUUGAUGAUUUAUUUGGUAGGGAUUAUGAUUCAUCGACAGAUCACGUCCUUCUAAAUAAGAUUAUGAGAUUAUGCAUUUCUAGUCACAAUGCAAAGAAUGGAUUUUCAAUGAUUGUCGUAUUCCAAAUUAUUUAUCAGUUAACACAAUUCUUAAUUGCUGAAAGAAAGGCAGCACUCGAGUAUAUGGCCAACAAUAGACAUGGAGAAGUAGAGGAAACGAAUAAUAAUAAUAGUAUUAAUUUGGAGGAUAUUGCUGUGUGUAAAAUUGAUCGGAUAUUUGUAUCAGAAUUUGAUCCAAAGAAGGGAGAACUCAUCAAGAUUGGAAUAACAUACAAUCAAUAUCAAAAGGAAAACUCUCACAAGAUUUGGAAUAGUGAAAGAGAGGCUGUGGAAAUCUAUCACCUCGGAAAGCUUCUAUUCGAUGUUGUGACUUGGCAUUAUAUUGGUUUGGACACGUUGGGAAUGAUCAUUUUCCAAAAACCAACCAAAGAAGUUACUGUCCUUCAACAAGUUACUCAACAAUUGAGGAAUCUGUAUUCAAAGAAUGGAGAAAAGAGGACCAAGCUUUUUCAAAAAGUAUUUACACAAUGGAGUGAUGAACAAUUUAAGAAGGAUUUGGAAAAUUCCAAGUCCAAAGCCCCUAAUGACUAUUUCUACUUUAACGAGGAAUUGGGAAAAACUGUCGAGUGGAUGUUUGCCAAAUCUCAGGAGAAAUACUAUGGAGAAUGCAUAACAGCAGCACUCUAUGAAACGGCAAUGAAAAAGAAGAGGAAUCUCCCCAAGCAGACUGAUCCUUUUUUCAAUUCUUCUUCCAUCUUUAAUUUCUUCUCGUCAAAUUGGCAGAGUUCACAAGUGGUUACCUCUGAAAAGAUAAUGAGGAGUUUCCUCUUUUCCAAGUCAAGAAUUCAAGACACUCUCCUAACUAUUUAUUUGAAAAGAAAUCCAAUCCUCCAGAUUAGAUACAUCAAAAACAUCCUUCAUGAUAUGCUGGACAAGUUACAGGAGGUUCCAUCACAACCUCUCAUGGAUGGAUACAAUUAUUAUUCACUCUUCCCUAACUUGGAGUUUUUCAACAAGUAUUCAUACUUGUGUAGAGCUCUUUCCUCCCUGGUCUUUCCAAUACCUUCUUUGAGGCUCAAGUUGGAUCAUUGGUCCUUUGUUGAGUUGCCACAAUUCAUUUCCAGUUAUUCAAGUGUUACAAAUGCUAUGGAGAAGGGAAAAAUUGCAUCAUACUUUGCCAAGAAUACCUUCUUCAAUGACGAAAAUUCAAAGGGAACUUUCAAUACAGCACUCUCACAAUAUGGUGUUGCUGAUUUUUCUUCCUCUGUUAUCAUUCUGAAGAAUAUUGUACAAAGCCAUUUGAUAUCAUUGGAGAAUAUUAUUGAGGAAAAGUCAUUCAUUCAAUCUUAUAUACGGGAGGCCAGUGAUGCAAUUUGUUAUCAGGACUUGUUCGAUUCAUCUUCAUUGAGGUUGGAAUUAAUGUUACAGGAACUAAUUCUCUGUUAUUCCUACAUGGGCAAAGGAUUGACAGAACAGAAGGACUUUGAUAAUGCAAUGAAAUAUUCCGAGGAUUCACUCAAGGCAAUAAUUAUGGCUUGGAUUAUUCUCACCAAGAGAGAGAAGGAUUAUGAGCAAUUGCCAAUUUUAAUGCACGAAAUCAAGACCUCAAUAGAUGGAGUAUCUACCACUGAUUUUGAUCAACUUGCCAUUACUGUUGAUGAAUCAAAGCAAAUUAUUAAGGAAAAUUAUCAUUCAGAAUUGUCAGUUGUUCCUAACUGGUUCAUUUCUACUCUCUUCACAGUGGCAUACAUUUACGAUCACAUUGAAAAGUUCAAUGAUGCUGUGGAAAUUUAUAGUUAUGUAGUCAAUGUUUGUCCAACCUAUUCUAUGGCUUUUAAUAAUAGAGGAAUUUGCAAGUAUAGAAUCUCCUCACCAGCUGUCGAAUUUGAAGGUGAUACAUCACUACGUGAGGAAAUGUCUUUCUAUGACUAUACUCUCUCUUCAGUUCUCGACUAUGCCAAUGUGUGUCCUCAGGUAAAUAGGGUUUGCCUUCUCAAUAUUCAAUCUAAUCUGACCGAUUAUGAUAAAAUCGAGUCGAGAAUUGAACAAAUGAUCAAUUUUUAUCAGAAUAUUGGUUAUGAAAACCUUGGAGAGGAUUUGGAAAGCUAUCUCACUGAUGAAGAAGUGGAGAUGGAUAUUUAUGAAUUUUGGGCCAAAGACAGAAAGGAGAGAUUGAUCAAAGAUCUCAAUUUUUGUACCAUUUACAAACCAACUGAUACAAUCAAUGACAUUUCAGAACAUUUAUUCGAUAGAUCUGUGAAUUUCCAAUCUUUGGACAUGUAUGAUCAGGCCAUUAAUGAUUUAACCUGGUGUGAAGAAUUGUGUAAAAUUGAGGAGAAACGACAAGUAAUUGUUGAUGAAGAUGAAGAAUCAAAUUCCUUCUUUGGAGGAUUCCCCAACUUUAGAUCAUUCCAAGCCAAUCUCUUUUAUAAUAGAGCUGUUUGUUAUGAUGCUAUUGGAAAAUAUAGAGAAGCCAUCGAUGAUUUGUAUCAAUUAUUGGAAAUUGAUGGAAAUGAUGCAGAUGCUCGAAUGAUUUUAGAGGAAUUGCUCGAGUCAACCAAUGUUCAAUCAAGAGUUUCUUAAUAAACUUUGAGUUUUUC